AUGCCGUCCGACGACUACGCCCUUUCUGGCGGCGGCGGCGGCGCGCUGAAGCUCAAAGGCGCCAAGGUCGACAAGAAGAAGAAGAAGAGGCGCGCCAAGACGGAUCUUGAGAAAAACUUGGCCACCGGCGAGGGUGCAUCCCCCUCCAAAGAGCUCGUUAAGAAGAAGCGCAAGGAGGGCGAGGAGGAGGAUGGCCAGGCGGCAGAGGACAGAAGGCAGGUGGAGGAGGAGGAUGACGUAGCGCCAGUACAAAAGACAGAGUCGGAGAGGCAGUACGAGGAAGCGAAAAAGAAGAGACUACUUAAAAUGGCUGAAAAGUCAGGCUCCCGUCCCGAACUUCUCAAGACGCAUAAGGAGCGCGUUGAACAACUCAACACCUACCUGUCCAAGCUCAGCGAGCAUCACGAUAUGCCCAAGAUUGGACCUGGUUAG